CGUUCUCCUCUAACUCCUCCAGCCCCACUGCCGUGGCCGUGACACUCACAGCACCUUGCAGCCGGGCUCAGCCUAGAGGCUAUGGCGCCUGCGCUCUCAACCGGUUCGAGCGCCGCAGCGGUGUGGUGAUGGUGUUAAUGCGCUCAGCCGCGUGUCUGGGUGGCACCAGUGGCUGCUCUUGUUUGGAAAGCAGCUAAAUCCACUGCUUUUGCGGCAGGGCCUGCUUUGCCUUCUGUCUAUGGGGCACUCACCAAUGCAGGAGCCACUGCAAUACGAACGGGGAUUCAUACAUUUUUCCUAUAACUUAAAAGAAAAUGAGUGCAUCUAGUGUUGCAGGAAAAGUGGAAACCUGGCUUUCUUCUACGUGGCAUGUUAAAGUUCCUCUGACAUGGCUAGAAGCUUGUAUUAACUGGAUCCAACAAGAAAAUGGUUGUAAUUUAACUCAAGCUCAAAUUAACAAACAGGUAUUUGAGCAGUGGCUUCUUACAGAUCUGAGAGAUUUGGACUAUCCUGUUUUGCCUAAUUGCAUCUUAGAUGGUCCAAAAGGAGAAUUGAAUGGCUUUUAUUCCAUACAGAUUGAUUCACUGGUGGACGUUAGCCAGCCUGCGUAUUCCCAGUUGCAAAAGAUAAGAGGGAAAAAUACUGUAAAUGAAGAAGUAACAGCCAACACUCAGGCACCCCAAAAGUCCUGGGAAGCAAAGCCUACUCGAAUGCUCAUGCUGCAGUUAACUGAUGGAAUACAUCAAAUUCAGGGUAUGGAAUACCAACCCGUUCCUGUCCUCCAUAGUAAUCUUCCUCCAGGUACAAAAAUUACAAUACAAGGUAACAUUGCAUAUCGUCUUGGAGUUCUUUUGCUAAAAUCAGAAAAUGUGAAAUUGUUGGGGGGCGAAGUAGAUGUUCUUCUAGAGGAGUAUGCUCAGGAAAGAGUCCUUGCCAGGUUAAUUGGAGAAGCUGAGAACCCUAAUCCUGUCAAGCAGCGUGAUCAUGAACAAGGAAUUUUAGGAGCUGUUGAUGAACUAGGACAAACUCUAGGACCUUCAGAUGAAGAGCUUCUAGCAAGUCUUGAUGAAAAUGACGAAUUUACCAUAAAUCAUGCAAUUCCUUUAGAAAGUGGAUAUUGUAGCGGAAGUAACAACUCAAAGACAGCCACACAUUUGCUCCUUUCAAGCAAUGAAAACUACUCACAACAGGGAUUUGGGAUCCUCUUGCCUGGGCCAAAUGAAGAACAAAGUGUUCCAACUGUGGAGUAUGUUGAUGGAGAGUUAGAUGACCUCUCAUUGGAAGAUGACUUGUUUUUAGAACAGGAGAUCCAAGAUGAAAUUCAGACAGUGCAGUCACCGGUCAUAAACAAUACCAUAGAUAUAAUUACACGAAGAUUUUCACAUAUGCCUAGAUCUUCACUAAGUUAUACGUCUGAAAAAGAUGGCAGAGGUCAAUUGGAUUCAGUUAUCAAAGAAAAAUCCUGUGGGAGAGAACUGUCUGUUGGUGAUGAAAGUAGUACAAGUAAUUUUUCACUACACGAUAAUGUACAACACUCCCAGAGCUUUACCAAUGAUUUCUCCUUGGAAAAUGUUCUUGAACAGAAAUGUAAUAAAAUAGAUGUAGUUAAGAGCAGGCAAAAAAACUGUAGUUUUUCUGGCAGCAGAUUGUUAAACAAAAGACCAAUUAAAAAACCUGAUUCGGAGAUAAACAAACAAAAUUGUGUACAAACCUUUUCUUACAGAACAACAGAGAAAUGCAAAAGUCUUGAGUUAGAUUCCCCACCUUUUACAUAUAUUUCUGUUCUACUCGCAGAUACCCCAGAAACUGUUACAACAGUGAAAGUUAAAGCUUUUAUUGUAACCCUUACUGGAAAUCUCACAAGCAGCAGUGGCUUCUGGAGUAUAAUGGCAAAAAUCUCUGAUGGUACUGCUUAUCUAGAGGUAGACAUUGCUGAUGAAAUUCUAACAAGCUUAAUUGGAUUUUCAGUGCCUGAAAUGAAACAAUUAAGGAAAGAUCCCAUUCUACAUCAAAAGCUUAAGGAUGGUUUACAGAAAUGCCAAAGAGAACUGAUAGAUCUUUGUUGUUUGAUGACUAUUGAAUUUAAUCCCUUUCAGUCUAAAGCAACAGUACUAAUUUUACAAGAUGUUGAUGUAGUAGAUCUAGAAAACUUGAAGAAACGUUUAGAUAAAUAGUUGGAGGAAAAAUCUAUAAAAAGUAGUCUAAGGAAAGAUGUAAUUCAAGGCAUAACAAAUAAGAGUUGAGAACUCCAUUAAGAAGUACAGUGGUUUGUGUUUGUUUUUAUUAGCGUCAGGGAGGGACGAUGGGGGAAGGGAAUAGCCAUUCUUUAAGGGGAAAAUAUUUGAAUAAAAAUUACAAAUAAACUUGUUUUGAUAAAAUGUUCAUGUAUCUAAUUAUUUUUACAAAAGCCACCUUGCUCCUAAUUGGGGAUGAGGAAUACCAGUUUUCUAUCUGAAAGUUUAUCGAGUGCUGAUCAGCUGAUCCUUACAUAUUUUUCAGUGGAGUUACCAUUAGAACUAGGGUCACUGCUAAGAAGUUUUAUACAAGGGAGUACUAUCCAGUCCUGGAAGUAAAUCUAAUCAAAUUAUUUGCUUUCAUCACAAGGCACUGAACCUUUGUAAGAUACAGAAUACCUAUAUUAGGACAUACUAUCAGGACAAAACUCAGAGGAGUUGUAACUCAAAUUCCUAUGUAGUGCAUGAAAACCUGAAAGUGAAUAGAAAUGGUUUAUGAUCAAAAGUAAAACAGACUAUUUUAUUCUUAUUGUCCAGUAUGAGAAACAAAGACUAACUGGAAUAAAUAACUUUUUACACUUCUGAAAA